AUGACCAUACCGGAGUGGAUGUCUAAUGGUCGUCAACAUAAGUUUUACCCGACCUCGCAGCAUUUGGAAGUUAUUGAGCAUGAUGAUCAGAACGUUCUCAUCUAUAUGAAAUCGAAUGAACGUAACCAUAUAGGAAUAUGGAAUAGAAUAAAGGAAGAAAGACUUGGCAGUACAGAUGGUAAGAGAAGUAGAAUAAAAGAAGGUCGUUCAAGCGGUACCUACAGACGCUGGAAAGCCAUUUAG